CGAGUAAAAAAGCCAGUAAAACGGCCAUAACUCUUCACUAAUACGCCAUGGGAACGAACGCUUCUAAGAGUUUUCUUAGUCUCACUGAGGCCUACCUGUAGUCAAAAGAUGAAGCCGAAAGCUCGGAAUCAGUUGGAUAUGUUCCCUCGUUAGACCCGAAGUUUAUUACUACUAUGAAGAUAUUGUAUUUUUAUGGUUUUAUUUUAUUCUAUGUGAUGAUCACUGUGAGUAAGAACGAACAUAUUCUUGCUAACAGAAUUACAUCUUAAAAAAAGAAUGUCUAUCUUAGGACGUGUUUCAAGAAAUAGAGCGUUUCUGUGACGAGAUAAUAUCUAUAUAUCCAAGCUAUAGUUUGUUCAUAGAACGAAAAUACGGAAGAUCAAAACGUUUUCUCAUAUGUGUUUUCCUUCGAGAAAAUUUGAAGAAGUCGAGUUUCUAAUGGAAUUACUCGACCAUCGUACGAUUUAGGAUUUAAUUUGUUAAAUAGUUUCUUUUUUUUCAUAGUAUGAUCUGAAAGAAUUAUCUGAUCAAAUAACUUUAAUCUGUUCAACUUAUUUUCGUGCUAUAACAUCUCAAGAAUUACUUUAUCGUUUACCAAAUUUAUAUAAUUUACAAAAUUAUAUGAAAUUUCUUGAUAAAGUGCUUGGUUUUUGGUGUAAACGAUCAAUAUUAGAAACAUCAAAUUUUGAAGAACGUGUUGCUGUUACAGAACGUUUUAUUCAAAUAGCUAUACGAGCAUAUGAAAAGAAAAAUUUUGCAGCUGUUUUUGCUAUUAUAUUUGGUGGAAUUAUUGAUUUAGAAAAAUCCUUACCGCAUACAUGGGAUCGUCUUAGUAAACAAAGUCGAGCAUUUGUUACAUUAGUUGAUGACAUGCUUGGUGAAGAUUCACAUUUUAAAUUAUAUUUUGAAAAAUUACGUCAAAGUCCUUUACCAGUUGUACCAUUUAUUGCAAAUAAUCAAACACGUAUUGCACAAAUGAAAGAAAAACAUAAUAUAAUUGUUUUAUCUACUGGUGAAAUAUUAAUUAAUUUUCGAAAAUUUCAACAAAUUGGUGAACAUUUAUGUGAAAUUCAACAAUAUCAAAAUAUGCCUUAUGAUAUUAUACCUAAUUAUGAUAUACAAAGAGAAUUAAAAAGACUUAAUCCAAUGAAAGGUUUUCAAGAUGAAAAUAGCUUUCAAAAUUAUCUUGUUACACGUAAAGAAUAUAUUGAACCAGUUGAUUCAUCUCCAAAAGUAUUUUCAAUACGUCGACCACCACAUACAUGGCGUUCUUAUUCACGUGUUUCUCGUCUUUUUAUGAUUCCAUCAACAUCAUUUAAUUCACAUUCUCGAACAUCAAGUCAAUGUGAUGAACAUAAUCAUCAAAAAUCAAAUACUGAUAUACCAAAUCGUAAGAUGUUUUGUUUUUUGCUUUUGUAAAACACAAUCUAAAAGAAAUAUUGAAAUUGCCAUGAAAAUUAUAUCAACCCUAACAGGUACUUUUUUAGGUGUAAAUGUCUAUCGACGAUUUAUAUUGAGACUUAACAAAACUAUUGAAUUCUUGUCUUGAAAUUAGCUCCAUUUGAUGGUCUUAGUUGUAUGAAAAAUUUUCGAAUGUGAAGACUUUGUAUCUACGAGCUUUGAACUUGUCAAAAAUAGACGAUUUGCAAAUAAUACAAGAAUAUUUUGAUAUAUUCGCAUCCCGAAGAAACGAAGUCUGAAACUUUUCAUAAAAUUCUAGUGAAUAUACUGAGUUUAGGGUAUCCUACUAUCAAUAUAUCACACGAACCUUUGGGUACGUCAGUAUUUUAAGGUACUCUAUGGGAUUUUAACGCUUCACUACAAAAUGCUUUAGAAAUCGGUCAGACACCGAGUAAGUAUUCAUAUACUAAACAGUUCUCAACGAUGUAUCCAACCAAGAUUCUGUGACAUACUUCAUACUGGAUACCUGAGAAAGGUACUCUAGUGUCAGCUUACCCAAUACACGAGUCCUCGUUAGUCACGAAACGAAAGCUUUCUGCAGUAUUAUUGUAGAAAUAAAUGCGAAAACCUCGGAUUUAAAUCCGAGUGCUAUGUGUGCUUCAAAAAGUGAAAAGGUAUAUUCACUGUGUUUUUUAUCACUAAAUUGCAAGAAGAAAAUACAGACGUGCUAAGUUAGCAUGGACCAUACUGUAUGCGACCCUAUCCGGUGACCACUGACUCUACUCUCACAGUGAUAUUAUAUCUUUAGAAAUCACAGGAAUUGAGUUCAGAU